GUCCGCACCAUCAUUAAUAUUGUAAUAUUUUUCAUGUACAUAAAGUGUAUAAAUAUUUAUUUUGAACUCUAUAUCAAGGUCUACAACAAUGAUUGAAUUGUUAUCAAGGUGAUUUUAUAUGAUGCGCGUGUUAAAGACUAAAGUACUGUACAUAUCAGACACAACGGAGACUGCGUGAUGGCGAGACUAUUUUGAAAUAGCCGUAUUCAGUAUAUACGAGUGUAAGAACGAAGACGCCCAAACAAAAUCAUGUUUUUACCUACACCCUUUUAAUUUUUUCACGACCACGAGUAAUAUGUAUUAAAUCUAUUCGAUCUAUAAGUCUACGGACCCGCAAUGUCGUUUUAAAACAAUUUAUGAAAUUUACCUAAUUUUUUAUUUUUAAUACACGAUUAUGUUCUCAUCUAAAAUGUGGCCGAGUUCGUUUUUUUGUUCUGCCGUCUUAUGCAUCGCAGCCUUCACCACAGUCACGAGGGCGGCAAAUAUAUUAGUGUUUAUGCCGUUGCCGAUCAAAAGCCAUUUUCGCGGAUUUCAACCGCUGUUCGAAGAGUUAGCACACCGAGGACACAAUGUAACGGUAGCUAGUUCGUUCCCUCUAGAUCGGCCGAUUGCCAAUUAUACGGAUAUAGGACCGUUUGUUAACAAAGAUAGAGAGAGAAACGUAAUGGAUUUAAUACACAUGAACUUUGUAACGUCGGUCCAGGUGAAAUGGAGCCUUGGCGUAAAAUUAUCCGAAACAGUCAUGUCGAACGAGAACAUGAAAAGGUUCAUGCAACAAUCGAGUUCGUAUUCGUUCGAUUUGGUCAUGAUCGAAACGUUUUGUCAAGAGUACACUGUCGCCAUGGGCCACAAAUUCAACGCCCCUGUCAUAAAUCUGGCACCGGCAAUGCUUUGGGUUAGUGUCAGCAAAUGGCUACACGUUCCUUCCACAUUUUCAUAUAUACCGGACGUGUGUUUACAAACGGCGGGAAACAUGGGCUUCGUAGAACGAUUAAAAAACACUAUAACUGGGCUCAUGCAGUCUUAUGUUGAAAAUUACCUAUAUUUACCUAAAAUGAAAGAAGUGAUGAACACAUACUUCAAAUACGAAGGCUGGGAGUUCAGGCCUCCGCUCGAGCAUAUGUUGAACAAUGUGUCACUAACAUUGGUCAACUCAAAUUUUGCGAUUGGUGUAGCUAGACCAUAUUUUCCCGGUAUCGUUGAAAUAGGUGGAAUGCACAUAAAAAAUCCAAAAUCUUUACCCGAAAAUCUUCAAACAUUUUUAGAUGAUGCAGAUGAAGGAGUAAUAUUUUUCAGUUUUGGUACGGUGGUCAAUUUAAAUGACUUACCUAAAGAAAAAUUGAACAUUUUUCUUAGUGUUAUUCAAAAAUUAAAACAAAAAGUAAUACUCAAGUGGAUACCUAAUGAUAGUGUACAGCUGUCUAAAAACAUUAUGACUGGUUCAUGGUUUCCACAAAACGACAUUUUAGCACAUCCAAACGUUAGACUUUUCAUAACUCACGGAGGAUUGCAUAGCAUAGAAGAAACCGUUAGUAACGCAAUACCUAUAGUUGGAGUACCAUUUUUUGCUGACCAGUAUUUAAAUAUGAAAAUAGUUGAGCAAAAAGGGUUUGGUAAAUUAGUAAAUUUUUUUGAAAUGACUGAAGAAUCGUUUGAAAAUGCCAUCAAAGAAGUAUUGUUGAAUGUGAUGUUUAAAGAAAUGGCAAAAAUCCAGAGUCAGGUAUUCAAAGAUCAACCGAUGAAACCCUUAGAUCGAGCUGUUUACUGGGUCGAAUAUAUUCUUCGGAAUGGCGGAGCUGAACAUCUUAAAAGUGACUCAUUAGAGUUAAAUGAUGUACAGUAUUUUUUGUUGGACAUAUCAUUGAUUUCUCUUGUUUUAACUGGACUGAUUAUUUGGUUAUGUAGUUUAGUAGUUGCACAAAUUAUAUCUAAAAAUAAAAUACAGCAUAUAACGAUAAGAGUAAAAAUGUAUUUUGUCGUGCUCGCGGCCGUUUGCCGGCUGACACUGCCGCUGUUGCUGCUGCCGGCGGUCUUAUCGCCACCGACCGCGCUCGCCGCGAAUAUUUUGGCGUUCAUGCCCAUGCCGCUGAAAAGCCAUUUCGGUGGGUUUCAGCCGAUGUUCGAGGAGUUAGCCCUACGAGGUCACAACGUCACUGUGGUUAGCGCAUUCCCGUUGACGGGCCGACGCGUACCGAACUACACCGACGUGGAUGUGAUGCCCCCGCAAGGUGUUCCUGCCUUUGACGUGAUGCAUUUGGUCAACUCUAAUUUCAUGAUUUCGGUAACGAACAGAUGGUUUUUCGCCAAUCUCUUGUCAAACCAAAUGGAGCAUCCAAAUUUGAAAGCAUUUGUGCGGUCGGAGGACAACUCGUUCGAUCUGGUCAUAAUCGAAUCGUUUCUGCAGGAAUACACCGUGGCCAUUGGCCAUAAAUUCAACGCUCCUAUCGUCAACCUAUCGCCGUCAAUGGUGUGGGUCAGUGCCAGUAAAUGGUUGCAUUUACCUGCGACAUUUUCGUAUGUGCCGGAUUGCUGCAUAGGCGUAACGGACGAUAUGAGUUUCGUGGAGCGUAUAAAAAACACCAUCGUCGGACUUAUGGAAAUGUUCGUGGAAGACUACCUGUAUAUUCCUAUGAUAAAGACGCUAAUGAGUAAGCACUUUUCAUACGCUGGUUGGCAGUCGAGACCGACGCUCGAGAAAAUGCUGAAUAACGUGUCACUAACGCUGAUGAACGCUCACCAUGCGACCGGGGUGUGUCGACCGUAUCCCCCAGGUGUUGUCGAAGUAGGAGGAAUGCAUAUCAAAGAACCGAAACCGUUACCAAAAGGUUUACAAGAUUAUAUUGAUUCUGCUUCUUAUGGUGUCAUAUUUUUCUCUUUUGGUUCAAUCGUCAAUUUAUCAAACUUACCAAAAGAAAAAUUGAAUAGUUUUCUUAAUGUCAUCAGUCGUUUAAAACAAAAAGUAAUUAUAAAAUGGGUACCAGACAAAAGUAUAAAAUUGCCACAUAAUGUUAUGGUCGGUUCGUGGUUGCCUCAGAAUGAUAUUUUAGCUCAUUCAAACGUAAAACUUUUUAUUACUCAUGGGGGUUUGCACAGUAUUGAGGAAGCUGUGUAUAAUGGAAAACCGGUGAUUGGCAUACCAUUUUUUGCUGACCAACUAUCGAACAUGAGGUUAGUCGAAAAAAACGGCUAUGGAAGAAUGAUAACUUAUGAUAAACUUACCGAAGAAUCAUUUGGAAAAGCAGUUGAAGAAGUAUUAAAAAAUCCGACGUUUAAGGAAAAGUCAAUGAUCCAGAAUCAGGUGUACAGAGAUCAACCGACGAAACCUUUAGAUCGUGCUGUAUACUGGAUAGAGUACGUGAUUCGGAACGAUGGAGCUAAAUAUCUAAAGAGUGACUCUUUAGGACUAAACACUGCGCAGUACUUUUUGUUUGACGUAACAUUAUUUUUAAUUUUACUAACAGCAAUUAUUACUUGGUUGGGUUACCGUGGAAUCGUUAAGGUUUUAUCAAAAUGUAUAGCAAACUAAAUCUAAAAAAUUACAUUUCUUAGUGUAGAGUACCUAAUUCUUAUAUA